CACCGAUCAACGUAAAGAGCAGAAGAUUUUGGCUCGGUCAUGUGAUCAGUUGUCGCGAGAGGAGAGCCGGUAAUCGGCAUUCCUCGGAGGGGACAUGUGCACUGAUAAUCAUGGCACUGAUGAUCAGUGUGCCCUGAUGAACAGUGUAGCCCCAGCAGUGCCACCUGCCAGUGCCCAUCAGUGCCACAUAUCAGUGCCUACCAGUGCACAUCAAUGCCACAUAUCAUUGCCCAUCUGAGCUGCCUUUCAAUGUCACCUAUCAGUGCCAGACAGUGCCACCUAUCAGUGCCAGACAGUGCCACCUAUCAGUGCCAGACAGUGCCACCUAUCAGUGCCAGACAGUGCCACCUAUCAGUGCCAGUCAGUGCCACCUAUCAGUGC